UGCGACUGUGUAGUGUGUGGUAUACCGGAACACCGGAUUGCUUUGCUGCUUUUUUAAUAAUGUGAUAGGAAAUCUCGACCGAACGAUUCGUUGGACAUUAUUUUGAGCAGAUCAAAAAAUGAGCACGAUCUUAGAAAAAAUCGCCUCAAUCGAGGCCGAGAUGGCCCGUACUCAGAAGAACAAAGCAACUUCUGGGCACUUGGGCUUACUGAAGGCCAAAUUAGCCAAGCUCAGACGUGAACUAAUCACCCCGAAGGGUGGUGGUGGAGGUGGUGAGCAAGGUUUCGAGGUCGCCAAGACUGGUGAUGCUCGUAUUGGCUUCGUCGGUUUUCCUUCUGUGGGAAAAUCUACAUUAUUAAGUACACUUGCUGGCGUGUACUCCGAAGUAGCCGAAUAUGAGUUCACAACACUCACAACUGUCCCUGGUUGCAUAAAAUAUAAAGGUGCAAAAAUACAGCUGUUAGAUCUUCCAGGUAUUAUAGAAGGCGCAAAGGAUGGUAAGGGACGUGGACGACAAGUCAUUGCCGUGGCACGAACAUGCAGCUUAAUUUUCAUUGUUUUGGAUGUGCUCAAACCACUCGGACACAAGCGACUAAUUGAGCACGAACUGGAAGGUUUUGGUCUGCGAUUGAAUAAACAGCCACCAAAUAUAACCUUUAAAAAGAAGGAUAAGGGUGGUAUUAAUUUACAAACAAUGUGUCCACAAUCUGAAUUAGAUUUUGAUACAGUAAAAAUGAUCUUAUCAGAAUACAAAAUUAGUAAUGCGGACAUUACAUUAAGGUACGAUGCUACCUCGGACGAUUUGAUCGACGUUAUAGAAGGGAAUCGUGUUUAUCUUCCUUGUAUUUAUCUUUUAAAUAAAAUAGAUCAAAUAAGCAUAGAAGAACUAGAUAUUAUUUAUAAAAUUCCACAUUGUGUGCCGAUCUCAGCCCAUCACAGAUGGAAUUUUGAUGACUUAUUAGAGAAAAUGUGGGAUUAUCUACAACUUGUUAGAAUUUACACGAAGCCGAAAGGACAACUUCCAGACUAUAACGCACCCGUAGUAUUAAACACCGAAAAACGCACCGUUGAAGAUUUUUGUAACAAGCUUCAUAGAUCAAUCGCAAAAGAAUUUAAAUACGCGUUGGUAUGGGGCUCAUCGGUAAAACAUCAACCCCAGAAGGUAGGAAAGGAUCAUCUUCUUUGUGACGAGGAUGUUGUGCAAAUUGUGAAAAAAGUGUGAUAUUGUUUGUCUUGCACAAUCGUUUCUUGGUAGCACAAAUAAACUUAACUAAUGAAA